AAUUCGCAGAACGCGUGGGUAGGGUAUAUGUCAGAGAGAAGAAAGGAAUACUUGCAUCACACCCAACGAAACAUUUUGUCAGUCUGGUAUAGCUCAGUCAGUGUUCCAGAUGUCCCGUGUUAUUUAUAACGAAGAUGGAUACAGAUGUGCCGCUCUCAGGCGAAUUGUUACUUACAAUGAACAUCUGUGCAUUCAUUGGUGUAAUUAUACUAUCAACCACAACUGGAAUUUUGAAGGCGGGAACCACGGAGCACUGUGUUGAGCCAUCUGAAUCAGGUUCUUGUCGGUAUUGUGAGAGAGGCUGGUUUGGCAACGACUGCAAUGACCAAUGUCAAAACUGUAACAUUGGAGGAUGUAACCAAACAACUGGUAUUUGUCAACAGUGUAGCCCUGGAUACUAUUCCAUAAACUGUUCAAUUGCAUGUCCACUUCAGUGCAGAGAGAGCUAUGGCAACACUCUUUGUGACCGUGAACGCGGAAGAUGCUCCGAUGGUUGUAAACCCACAUGGUGGGGAAGCAGGUGUGAAAACAAUUGUAGUAAUCAUUGCAGGAACUCCAUCUGUUUGUACAGUGACGGUUCGUGUCAUUUGGGAUGCGAGGAUGGACUAUAUGGAAUUUUUUGUUACAAGUCUUGUUCUACUGGAUGCGGAAAUAAUACGUGUUAUUCAAAUGGGACAUGUCUUAACCAUUGUAACGUUGGUUAUUAUGGUCCUGCGUGUGAUGGCAACUGCACUGAUCAAUGCAUUGACAGAGAUUGUGUCCUGGAGAGUGACUCUGACCUUCCUCUUUGUACAAAAGGCUGUGUCAGAGGCUGGCAGCCUCCCUACUGUAAAGUCUCCUGUAAGCCGAAGUGUACAACGUGUAAUGAUAGUGGUGAAUGUUUGUCAUGCGAGGGAGGAUAUUGGGGAGCCUUUUGUCAGUAUCAGUGUAGCAGAAACUGUGUGAACAACUCGUGUAACAGUGAUGGAAGUUGUGCUGGAUGUCGCGAUGGAUGGUAUGGGACACACUGUGACACACCCUGCCCUGUCCGUCAGUGUAGGAGCUGCUGUCAGAACAAUGGAACAUGCAGACGAUGCCGUGCAGGCGACUUGGAUGAUGCAGGACAGUGCGUGUCAGCAAAGAGUUCUUGGAUCACUGUAAUCUGUAUUACAACAGCAUCUAUCCUGGUAAUUGUAGCUGUGUUUAUGAUUCUUUUUUGGAAGUACAGACGUACAUGUAGGACGAGAAUUGAACAGCUUGGACGUCGUGAAGACCAAAAUGCUCACAUUGAGCAAGAGGUAGGUUCAUUUUUUCUCAUCAUUUUGUUUUUCAAUAAAUUCUCUUCUUCUAGAUGUGAAAUAUAUCACAACGAUUUCUUUCUCCAUCCCUGCUUAUCCGCCACUAUAGCUACGUGUUAAGUCAGGAUAAUAUCAUGUUGGCGGAUUCGUCCAGGAUAUGUAAUAUCGAUAUAAUGGAGAUAUAAUAAUCAAGGGUAAUGCAGGAUGUUUGUCCCUUAAAAUGUUUAAGAAAAGACGCCUCGACAAGCGGUAAAUCAUUCGACUUUAGGGGCACGGGUAUGAGGCGUCUAAGGCUCUCUCACUCAACGACUGACAUGUAUCGAUCAUCUGUACAGCUGGUCUGAGCGAGCUUGAGUGAUUUUACCGCCGCUCUGAACAGUAAUUUAGUUUUAUCAUGAACUGUCAGAUUAAUGCGUAAGAAAAGCACGUUGAAACCCAGGAGCAUGAGUAAUGGCGUUAAAAAAACAAGGAUAAUUAUUUUUUUCAACCUGCGGUGAGCUCAUUCUGGCACCGCUUACUGACGCAACUUAAGAAAAAAGUUGAGCUUGAGCAUUCCAGAAACCUAUUAUCAUUGGUUCAAAUCCCCAAUCCCGCCCGAUUAUGUUUCUAGGAUUGUCAGCACCAUCCCUAUGCUCGUUGGUUUCACCAAUGGUGGUAAACGUGUCAGACCUACAUCACCUCCGUUUUUCCUUCCACAAUUCGCUGACACGCGGUGAUAUAUACACCUCGUCAUAAAUAUCGUACCACCCACUUUUAACUGGAUCUUCAACCUCAUAAAAAUGGUGCUUAGAAAAGCACAUGAAACUGUUUGUAUGGCCUCAUGUGAGCGUUCAGUCAGAAAAUUGACAACACAAGACCGAAUUUGUGCACUAAUUGAGGGUUUAAUUGUAGCAAACUAAAGUUCAAUUCCUGAAGGUUCUGAACUGGAGGAUCCCUUGCUCUCGCCCUACGUCCCAAAAUGUCCCACAAAUGGUCAAUAGGAUUAAUGUCUGGACUUCUGGCAAGCCAGGGUAGUGUCUCAAUGGCGUUGAGUGAGUGAGUGAGUGAGUUGGGUUUAACGCCGCUUUUAACAGUAUUCCAGUUAUAUCGCGGCGUGUCAGCUUAAUGUGGGAGGAAAGCCCGAAGUGAUGCAGGUCUCAGACGUUUACCACUUCGGUGAAACCCACGAGCACGGGUAUGGUGCUGACAAACCUAGAAACAUAAUCGGGGCGAACCGAGAUUCGAACCCACAAUCAUAGGUCAAUGGCGUUGUGUUGGAGAUGCUGAACAACGGCUCGAGCACGAUGUGGUCUGGCAUUAUCGUAUCGUUAUUAUAUGAAGACUGGACGUGUGGCGAGAGCAUGGUUAUCGAAAUGAGGCACAACAGCACCGUCAAGGAUCAAGUUCUGGUACCUCUGUCCAUUCGGUGUUCCGGGAACUGUGAUGAGGUCAAGUUUACAAUCGUAGGGACAACACCCCCACACCAUGACGGAUACACCCUCAAAUGGAUCAUCAGCUUGAAUGUUCCUCUGAUCAUAUGCUGUGCCUCUCUGCCUCCAAACUCGUGCCCUCCCGUCUGUAUGAUGCAGCAGAAAUCUGCUUUCAUCGGACCAGUGGAUGCUUCUCCAUCUCCUCAGGUUCCAGCGAGCACAUGUUUGGCAACAGGCUAAACGGGCAUGGCGGUGCUGAUUUGUGAGGAGUGGACGUCUGAUUGGCCGUCUUGCUCUCAAUCCUGCAGAAUUUCGGCGUCAUCUGAUGGUGCCCAUGGACACUCUGUUGUAUGGAUGCCAUCCAUGUCGCAGCUGUGUACACUAAGAGGACUUUGGGCUUCGUCUGGCUUAGCAUACGAGAGCACGAUCUUUCCUGUCAUUGGUUUUUCUGGGACGUCCAGACCUCGGUGCAUCCUUCACUUCACCGGAAGCAGUAUGCUUACGUAUUAGCCUGCUGAUGACAGGGUGAUUAAUGUUCAGUUGUGCUCCAAUAGCACGAUAUGACAUACCAGUCUGGUGCAUACCAAUAAUUUGCCAUCUUUGGUUCAGAGGCACUGGACGCUUGGGCAUUUCACUGGUUGGUCAAAAUAAAGCUUAAUUUAUGCCUAAAACCAAAUUUUAGCUGUGCCUGCCAACAUAACAUACGCCAAAAGAGGCGAUGUGCAUACUGCAUUUUUAGCAAACCGACCCCCGGUACAAGCAUGCUCAACGCAAGCAUGCACGUGCAGCUCGGAAAAGGGUGUGUUUGUGAUAUUAUGUUCACAGAUGGUGUAGUAUAUGAAAUCUGUACUUGUAGUUUAAAAAACCGAAAAUUAUAUUUUCUACUUUUACAUUAAAAUGUGUGGUGCGAUAUUUAUGACGAGGUGUAUACAUGUAACUGAAAUACUGUUCAAAGCGACGUUAAACCCAACUCACUGUAAUGGAUAACAAUCAGAAGUAUUGAUAGGUUUUUUAAUCGUCAAGAAUACAUCUGUAUUGUUUUAACCUAACGAUAAAGCUGCUGGAGUAAGCAGUUUUAAAAUUGUCAUCCUCAUGUGACUUGAGUGAGAACUACUUUUUAGGACGUGUUACUGGGAGGAUAGUGCAUCUUCGUACGUUUUCGGACACUCGGUGUCUUUGACUUUCUUAGUGAAAUUGUUGCUUCACAUUUCGUUUAUAUUACAAGUCCUAUUUUAAUGAGGAUGACCAUGACUUCGACGUUGUGAUUGGCUGACAGUUUAGGCCACAGUAGUAUCUGGUGAGCGUCUAUGUUGUAUGUUCAGAUGAUGCCUCGGUUCGUAUUGCUACGGAGUAUUAACAGAAGCUGUUGACUGAGAAUAUUUAUCGUAUUUCAGUUAUAUAUCAGCAUAACCAUUGUUUCUUUCAGCAACUACAGACAGUGAUGUAGGAGGAAAACACACAAUGAUCCGCCAAACAUUCAGAAGAAAUGUAAACCUCGGCAAUGUUGAUCUUCCAAGGGGAAUGCCUUCUAUUAGAUGUCCAGUCACAGGAGUUACUUGUUCCAUACGUCAAAUCCUUUGGAAAAGAUAAAGUCUUGUGGUUGCAGUUGCACUGACUACAGUAGCAACUUUACAGGCAAAACACUACCUCCAAUAAUGCAAGAACUCUUACAUUCCCAUAACUGGCUCCACGGGUCGUUUGCAAAGAAGUGGCUUAGAAUUAGAUUCAAUAUCGAUCCGUCCUUUAUCAAUCGUCCGAUGGAUGGGUAAGCAAAGAUUUGUAGGAGCGUGAAAUCUCAACCUUGAAUGAUAUGGUCUCAGUGAUCCGACAUUGAAUAUGACUGCCACGUCAAACUGAAAACUUAGGACAAAACGGGGUCAUACACUACAGAUUGAAAUAAUGGGACAACUAGACUAACAGAAGGCUAAUCAAUCCUUUGAAUUCAUGAAAGAUUUUUGGACAAUUUGAUUGUCAACUGAAUUGUAAUGUCAACAAAUCGUAAAAGGAGAACUCCAUGGUUUAUGAAAGCAUGUACACUAUUUUCAUUGUGCCUGAAAUCAUACUUACAGUGUAGACUGUAGAUACAUCCAAGUUGAUAAACCUGUGGUUAAUCACAACUAGGAACGCUCGAUUUGCGAAAUGUUGAUAAGGCUUGACGUAUAGGUAAGAUGCAGGUAUGCUAUACUACCCUUAAAGGUAAACUGUUAUUGAAGGGAUCAAAUUAUGUAUUACAGUGUUGCACACUAAAAGUUUAAGUGAUAGAGUGGCAACCUAAUGUGACGGAUAGGAUUCCUUGUGUUCAUCUUAUUUUGACUUUGAAUAAUUUCAUGUUGCAUAAAAUAGACUAUGCAUGACUGAUGAUCAUGGUAUUCAUUGGAAAUUCAGAAGGGAAAGUAAACUGACCCAAAACACUGACAUUAUUGUUAAAUUAAUCAGAAGGAUUAAAUAAGAUUUUCCUUGGUUUGUUCUAUAUGGUGUCAAUACAAAACAAGGUUUCGUUAGAUUCAGAGUACUGAGAGGGUGUAAUUAGUUAAAUGACUCUCAUAAUAUGUGUAUUUUGGAAAAUAUUUUGAAUUUUGUUGUGCCGACUACAUGUAGAUGAGUAAAUCAGUGUAACAUUUUCAAGGUUCAAAAUUUUAGAGUUUAGAUUUGUAAAACAUUGCAGUUAUACAGUUUUACUUGUAUGUGGACUAAUCUUGUGUCUUUUCCAUUUAUUCAAAGAAUUUACCUUUGAAUUGUAUAAUAUGAAUACUAGCACGACAAAAAUAAUGUCAGUGUACGUAAAAAUAUUCGGUACGUUAUUUUGACACAGAUUUCUUCAUGAUACACGUAUCGUUUCAAAAAGAACUGAUCGUUCUUCUUACGUUUAUCUCAGCUCCAGAUACAAAAUCAAAACUCCAGUGUGGGAACUCUCUACCCCCUGACAUCAAAUUAUCAAAUCGGGCAUUAGUCUUAUCACUUUUCGAUCGAAACUGAAAUCACAUCUUUCAAAUCUUUGAAAUCACAUCUUUACGAUGCCAAAAUUCAGUUUCUGUUUUUCAUAAUUUCAUAAUGUAGCGCUAUGAGCUUGUACCAGUACCAUGGCGCAUUAGAAAUGUGCAUUUUUUAUGUAUUAAGUACUAUGUUUAAAAUCGUUUCGUAUGACGCUCUUUCUAUACGUAUGUGUAUACCCCCACACCUCAGUACAAUCGAAUUAAAGUGGUGUAAAAUUCGUUUAAAGAAUAGUCAAAUGUAUUAUUUCAUCUCAUCACAUCUGUCAUUGUUUUAUGGGUGCUCCAUAUCAUAUCCAUGGGUGCUAAAAUAAAAAUAUAUAUGGGUGCUCCAAAUGAACUACAUAUUUUUUUAUUAUUCAAUAUCGCGUUACUGUAAGCCAAAAUUACCGUGAAUCAUAACUGUAAUGUGAAUAUGCAUAUAUCAAUAUUGCAUUGUUAAAUUUUUAUUUGUUCUUUUUAACGUUAGUUGAAACCCGUAUGAUCUGGUUUUCUAUUUAUGAUAGCAUUAACCCCCGUUUUAGACUACACCUAAACACACAUGCUCCAUACCACGUUCCCAAGCUGGGAAGCAAAAUAUAUAAUCGGUAGUUAAAGACUUUUAAAUCAAAGUUUUUAUCAAUGCUCCCAACCAAUCCACCGCCAAAAUCUAGAACAUUGUAUUAUGCAGAGAUUGGGCUGUCAUGAUCAUGGUAGUUUUAGUGUUAAAGUAUGUCAUUACCCCAGUUCAUCCACAUUUGUGUCGAUUGGAAAUUUGUCAUGUACGAGUAUCACAUACAUCUAUGAUAUGCGUUUAACAGAACUAUCAGACUAAAGUAUCUCUACACGUGACGACUCAUGGCAAUGGAAUUUAUACCUUAUUUGUUUUCCUGCUACAUGCACACUUACCUAACAAACCACUGCACCUUAAAUCUCCUUUAAUCAAAGUAACUGAAGUUACACUAAUGUAUCACACGUUUUCGGUCCUACUUAUAUUGUUUUUAUGUAACUAUAUUCAUACAUAUGUUAAAGUGAUGCGUAAUUAUUCUGAACAUCAGUCUUCGACCCGUGAAGAUCCGGGUCAGAAUAGGUCUUCAGCAGCCCAUGCUUGCCGUAAAAGGCGACUAUGCUUGUCGAAAGAGGACACUAGCGGGAUGUGGUGGACAGUUUCGCUGACUUGGUUGAUGCAUGUCAUCGUGUCUUAAUCUCGAUGCUCAUGAUGUCAAUUGCUGGAUUGUCUGGUCCAGACUCGAUUCUUUACAAACCGCCGUCAUAUAGCUGAAAUAUUGCUGAGUGCGGCGUUAAACAACAAACAAACAAACUAACAAAGGUUUCAACUAAUUUGAUCAUAAGAUUUAAGUUAACAGACGCCCUAAGGUAUUUCUUCCACGACCGGCACAAACUUGUGAGGGUAGCAAGUUUACGAUGUAUACGAUAUUAUUAUAGGAGAACCUUAUUUUUGUUACUGUGUUCAAAAGAACACUAUCCAUUUGAUAUGUUGACCUCAAAUAAAGAGAUUUCGUUCAAAUGCUAUUAAAACUCUUUGAUGUCAAGGGCAAUGACUGUCGAUCCGGGUUAGAAUAGGUCUUCAGCAAGCAAUGCUUGCUGAAAGAGGCGACAAUGCUUGUCGUGGGAGGCGAUUAAGGGGAUCGGGUGGUCAGGCUCGCUGACUUGGUUGAUGCAUGUCAUCUUAUCCCAAUUGCGUGGAUCGAUGCUCAUGAUGUCAAUCACUGGAUUAUUUGGUCCAAUCAAACAAACACAAUGCCUGUCCGAAGCCAUUUCAUUUCAUGUUUUACACAAGGAACUAAUCUACCAACGAAACUGAAACUUUGCAUGUAUUACGGUGAUUACUCUGACACUUCAAAACCGAACUGUCAACCAUUAAACUGCUAUAACUGGAUAUAUCCUUAUACAGUUGGCAUGCAGUGACUCCAAUAUUCAAUGUCGUAUUAUGACUUGUCAUCCUGACCUUUGAAGUUCUCCGUACAGUGAGUGAAUGAGUUGGCUGUGUUUAACGCCGUUGUGAACGGUUUUACAGGGUUUUUUCCAUCGUGUCAGCUUAACUUUGCAGGAAAGUCUAGAAGUGAUCGAAGUGAUGCGGCUCUGACACAUUCACUGUGCUGAAACCACGAUUAUGUGCUUGAUGAUAUUUAACCAAAAUCAUUUUGGUUUUCGGAGAAACGAUCUUAGGAUUCUGGCACGCCCAAGGGACGCAACCCGUCCAACUGUAGGUCCAUUGCUGCUGCGUCAUCAGAUCCAUGAAGCCACCAAAGAAGUCAGUUCCCUGGUUAAACACACGCAUACUCGCUGUGUUCUCAUGACGGAGAUAGGUACAGCGAAGCAGACUAGGGUGAGUGAGUAAGUUGGGUUUAACGCGGCCCCCAGCUAACAUCAUGGUAUGAUUGAUAUUGCCCAGCAUGCACACAUUACUGUCAAGACCCUUCCAGUACGUUGUCUGUUAGCAUGGAAUAUCCCGAACUGACUGUCUUCACACUUGUUGAUAACAUGCUCAUAAGCAGUCCUAAGAGGAUUGUUUACAAACAAACACUAACUGGAGUAGAGGGUCCUCCCGGUUAGAGCAUUACAUGUUUUCAAGUUUUGCGAUCACCUGGUGUCAUCACUGAUUUUCAGUGAUCCAUUUCUAUAAUGUUUACCACUAUUUUGCCUUUUACGCCAAAUGGAACCUGUAUCGGCAGGUAAUUUAUAUGUUUAUUAUGCUAGUAAACAAGCGCAUAAAAAGUAAGUUAUAGGAAUGAUAUAUUCUAUCAAGAACCUACAUAAUAGAGCAAAAUUAUCUGAAACAAAUUGAAAACAUUUUGUAUGACAUCAAGGGUUCACUGGAGUGAUAUUGAACUGGUUGCCCUUGGCUUAUUAUCAAUGCAGAACGCAGCUAAUGGCCUUUACUACCCAAGCAUGAAGUUAAAGACUGUACGCUUAACUUGUGCCUCGAGGAGAACCCGGUAGUCGCAGUACAUGUAUAUACCUACUUCCGUGUUUACGGCCAUCCAUUGGUUGUCACAGUUGGCCUGUUUUCCGAUUGGUCGCUUGCUUUGACGUCUUAGUAGACCUGUCUCCGCGUCCUGGUCAGAUGGCAAGAUAUGCUGAUAGUAACGGAGAAUUAAUAGUCCGAUUCGAACAUUAUCUCGUUCGUAGUUGCGUUCUGAUAAAUAUUGGGCUUUUAAACAAUUGUUGUUUGUCUAGGUUGUUAAAUAAAAUGAGUUUUCAUAUAUAUAAAUGUGUAUUUUAAAGUAUGUACAUAAAUAGCAUGUAUGUGUGAAUUACAUUCUUGCGAUGCCUUUCCAUGACGAAGUUUCAAAGAUAUAGCUGCCAGUUGUGAAUAGGGGUUGGUACAUCGACAAAAACAAUAUUUAAUGUCAACUGAACAGUUCAACAAGUCCUGCUACCUAUUAUCAUUCGUUUAGUGCGCUUUUAAAUACAAGCGACAUUGCCCAUUAAUAAGAAAAGCAGAGUCGAUUGUACGAAACCGACGAUAUCAUGAGUAUGUAUUUAUUAAUCACUGUAGGAUUAUACCAGCUGUUCGCGAAAAGGUGGCAUCGACACAAACACAUGCAAAAGCAAGCCAACUGUCAGGAAAUAAAAUGAUACUUUGUAAAGUGACCUGAUCGAUAGGGUAAACUUGAUGUGUUGACACCUCUCAUCACAUCUCUCUGUACAUGAUAUGUUCACCGUAUGAUGUCCUCUUCAAUGGGAAACUUCAGUGUAGAUAUGUGUAGAAUAAAGACAUUGUUAAAAUGCAUUUACAAUAUCCAUUCACCUCAGGACAUUUUUACAGCUGAAUUAGUUCGUCAAUCAAGUACCUAUGGUUGGGAUUUGUUUAAAAAAGGGGAUAUGAAAUUGGUUUGUCAUAAAGAUUAACAUGUUUUGUAUAAAAGCACAGACGCAAUUUCAGCGUUAGUCAAAGAAUAAAUAAUCGAAAAAUAAAUUUCAAACCAUAUAUUAAGACAAUCCACUCAUAACAUAAGUUAAUCCAAAGUGAUAUUACCUGAUAUUACGAUCGUAAAGUGUACAUUAUCCAUCCUGUUCCAAGGACAAGGAGGUCUUAAGAAGAUCUCAUUGUCAAAUGGAUCUAAAUACACAACGUAUAAGUAGGGUGCUAAAUAUUAUUCUAUAGGACGUCACAAUAAUAAAAAUAAUAAUAAUGAUGAAAACGACAUGCACAGAAACAUGAUACAUAUAAAAUAAAGAAUUGCAUCGGCAAUCACUGCAGUCAUUCGUGCGUCACAUCUUGAAAUGGCCUCCACAUUUUAAAAAGUUUUACUAAAGCCUUGAAUGUUGAAAUCUGAAAGGCAGAUUCCAUUGUAUGCAUAUGUCUAAUAGUCACAUUUGCAUGCAAAACGGUUAUUUGACUACUUUAGUUACAGAGAUCGCCUCCAUGGAACCUCUUUAUAAAGCUGUAUGUCAAAGAGGGGUGAUUUCGAUUUUCCCAUUUUGAAUUUUCCCUUUACGUCGAUCAAUAUACCAUCAGCUCCAGCUUGCAGUGCCUACAUGUCUCAGUUGUUUCUGUACUUAAGAGCAUGCAAGUUAUAUUCAAAUUUCAUGUAAAAACACUGUUUUCUUAGGCUAAGCUUUGUAAUCAAGGCUUUACCAACAAAGAUCAGGUCAAUACAUUCCAGAAAUUGUAUAGUAAACAUUCAGCGGAUUGUACUAAAUACCACACGUUACUAGUCAACAUGCGCGAUGCUAUCCCAUAGAUAAUCGAGACUGAUUAUUGGCUGGCGCUGACAUAUUGAAUUUAGAUAGCAUCCUGUCACAUUAUUUGGCAGAAUUUUUCCUAUUUCCCAAUGGU